AUGUCUGUAGGGGGUGAAGUGAGCGAAGGGGGAGCAGGGAGAGAGAUGAAUGUGCUGUUCGGACCGGGCAGGACUAUGGACGGACAGAUGGAUAAUGGCCACUGCGAUUACAGGACGUCCAUAGAUCUCUUCUUCCUCACCGCAGACCGGAACAUCCUCAGCAUCUGCGACAUGAUCCGAGGCCGGACUUUCAUCUCCAGACUCGAGCACAGUCCCUUAUCGGACCCCAGGAAGGAGAACGAAGAAGGCGUGCUAGUUUGGCGCAUGUAA